AUGUACCAAUUGAACAAUCAAACAAAGAGGAUUGAUAAAGUAAGUCUAUCGCAUAUACAGAGACUCGCCGCAAUGAAGAUAAAAGAGGUGGCCACAGACAAUAAUCAUGAGACCACGAUAUCUCAGAAUGGCCCUUUAGAUAUCAUGGGUGCGGUGCCUGAGUAUCGUCAACAGCCCAAGGGAACAAAAUUGGCAUACAAGCAUAGUAUCAGCUGCGGUGAAUGCCGAUACGAGCUUGUUUCCCCUGUGGCCGAUGCCAAGCUGAUCAAAAUACUAGCGAAGCACUACGCUGGCGACAUUCUUCCAAACUUGGCCGCAACUUACAUUACAGGGAAAGAUGACGACCAGGAUGAUAUAUCCUGCUCCCUCAGCAUAAUCAAUAACCUUUCUUCAAGCAUAAACGUCGUUGUAUCUAUUUAUGGUAAGGUACCGGCAUCUCUCAACGAGGAGGACAUCAACGUCUCGCUACCGGUGUCGAGUGUGAGCAUCCGAGGGAAACGAGAUAAGAUUGAUACGAUUGAUACGAUACCCACGGCCUUUUUGGGUUCGAAAACGAAAGCAGCGCAGGCUCAGCAGGUGCUAAGACGCCGCCCUACAGACCCAGUAGAAUACGGUGCCAAUUGGGCCUCGAUCCCAUUCACCAUCUCACUCAAAGAAGGUGCAGCACUACCUGAGUUACAAAGAAUCCCAUUUCAUGUGGAGGUGGAGACAAAACUCCCGGAAGCCUGGAAGCUAGCUCCGCCAUUCUGA